GGACGGCUAAUUGCACCUGUUAUUCGCCCAUUACCUAAAGGUGUAGAUCUUGACCCGGAGAUGAUUAAAGAAUGUCGAAAUGAUCCACAACGUUAUCCAAAGCACCAUGCAGGACUAAUGCACCCAGAUAAAGUACCUCAUUUACCUAAACUCAUGGUAAAAAAUGCACGUCAGUUGCUGGCAGAAAAAGACCUGAUAAGUAACGCAUUGCUGAAGGAAAGCAUGAACCGUUUAAAAGAGAUAUAUUCAAAGAGACAGCCGCCAAUAGAUAGAAGAAUUAUAGCUGCAAAGACAGAAGCAAUUGAAGAAGAGAUGUUUACAGCUUAUAUCGAAAAAAGAAAUAUCAACUUCGAAGAGUUAAAAGAUGAUGAAAAGGAUCGACUGAAAAGGAAGGUUCAAAACAUGGCUACCAGAACAUGUAAAGCGACUACACACAAUUGGAAACCUAUAGAGUAUAAAGAUUAUGCCGGCUUAGUUUACAUGGCAUCCAGACUGACACUAAAUUACACAGUAUUAUACAGAAUAUUUUAUGAGAUUAAUAAACUUGACAAAGAUUUUUCACCACAUGCUGUCCUGAAUGUUGGUUCAGGGACGGGUUCUGCUGUAUGGGCUGCCAAUAAAAUUUGGGCUGAUGAAGUGUAUGAAUAUUACAAUGUUGAUACAUCUACUUAUAUGAAUGAUUUAGCCAGAAAGUUAUUGUCUAAAGAUAUACGUAAUCCUCUGGAACUAGUUAUGAAUGGUGUAAAUUUCAGACAGUCAUUACCAUCACCAAAGCAUAAAGAGAACAAGUUUCCGUUAGUGGUGAGUGCAUAUUUACUGUUGGAACAGCCUAGUAUGGAGGAGAGAUUGAAUCUAAUCAGUUUAUUAUGGGAUCUUACAGACAACUACUUGGUCCUGGUGGAGCAUGGAACAACAGCUGGUUAUCAGCUUAUAUUGGAAGCUAGAGAAAUGAUAUUCAAGCUAAGAGCAGAAUAUCCAGAGAUCGAAGGCCAUGUAUUUUCACCUUGUACUCAUGAAAAAGUGUGCCCGAAGUUACAGUUAUGGAAAUCUCCAUGUACAUUCUCCAUAGAGUACAGAAGACUUAACAUUGAUGAAGAAUUUGGUCAAGGGGACUCCAAAUUAUUGGAAAGAUAUUCAUAUGUUGUACUAAAGAAAGGGAAGAAGAAAGAAGAUAAAAGAUUUCCCAGGUUAACUGGUGUUUUACACAAGACUAAUCACAGCCAUUGUCACUUGUGUUGUCCCGAUGGCACACUUAGACAGUUUGUGUUUACAGAGCAGAAACCUUCAAGAAAUUUAUUCAAAUGUAUAAAAAGAUGUUCACCGGGAGAUUUUAUUCCAAUGCCAUGGCCUGAAACAGAUGUAGACAAUGAUAGUGAAAAUAUAACAACAGACAAUAGUGAAAAUAUAACAAGUGACAAUAGUGAAAAUAUAACAACUGAGAAUAGUGAAAAUAUAGACUAUAUAGAACAAAACACUGACAAAGAAGAAGUGGAAAAUGAUGAAAAUGUGGAUGAUAAUUUGAAAUAGAAUCAUGUGUUUAACUACGAUGUUACAUCUAUAUUUGUGUUGAAGCUAGAUCUGUUUUGCUUACAGAAAGAUUUAAGCGUUUCUAAAUGUCAGUUUUUGUUACCAGAGUAUGUCUACAUUAUCUGCAAGAAAUCAUCAAUAAAAACCAUCAUUCUUAAAUAACAAUCUGUUUUUGUCUCUAAUAGAUGUGGUCUUUGUCACAAUCUUAUAGUUACGAAAAAAACAAGAGAUAUGAUUUUAUGUGACUUUAUCAUGAUAGAUAGCUUACUAGAUUCAAAUAAAUAUGAGCCGCGUCAUGACAAGACCAACAUA